CUCGCAAUCCAAUCCAUCCAAAGAAUUGCUCUCAACAUCUCUAACAACCAAAUCAUAUAUGGCUAGAACAAGCAUGUCGUCUUCCCUCUGGUCCAUCUUGUUGCUCCUAGCACUUGCUGCUGCCCUGUGCACGAGCAGCGCAGCCACCGACGACGACGUCGACGACGGGAGCAACGGCGCGGACCCCGACGCCGGCCGCCGCGCGCGCGCCACGGCCACGGUCGCCGAGAUCCUGUCGGUGCACAACGCGGCGCGGCAGGCGGUCGGGGUGCCGCCGCUGGUCUGGAGCCCGCAGAUCGCCGGGUACGCCAAGGGCUUCGCGCACUCGCGGCGCGGGGACUGCGCGCCCCGGCGGUCGCCGCUGUUCUACUUCGGCGAGAACAUCUUCGUCGGGAAGGGCCGGCACUGGAACGCCACGGCGCUGGCGGCGCCGUGGGUGGCGGAGGGCCAGUGGUACGACUACGAGACCAACUCCUGCGCCGCACCGCCGGGCGCCGGGUGCCUGCGGUACACGCAGGUGGUGUGGCGCAACACCACGCAGGUCGGGUGCGCCAGGAUCGUCUGCGACUCCGGCGACACCCUGCUCGUCUGCGACUACUUCCCGCCGGGGAACUACGGCACCGGCAGACCCUACUGAUCAUUCGUGGCGACUGAUCCGUGGGAAAUAUACUUGCAUUGGUUGCUCCCAUCUGCUGGUUGAGUCAUCAUGUGCUACGUUACUUUGUGUUGUGUUUCCGCGUGAGUGAUGUCUCUGAACUGUACAAUACUACAAUUCGUUAUGUGUUGUUGUCUGUGAUACUUAAGCAUCACUACCGCCGUUCCAUGUGGGCGUACGGUAUGCUAAAAUAAAACCGGGAUUCCAUUUAUUUGCA